AUUUUCUUCUCUCAAAAUUAUAUUUCAGGAGAUUUUUUAAAUGUAUAUAUUAAUAAGAUUGCUGUUUUCCUUAAUGAUAACAUCCGAAUUCUUCCCGUCCCUCGACGUUUCAUUGGCUCUUUUAUUAGUCAGUCGGAUUUUAGUACAACCGUCACCGAGAAUAUGGCGGAAGCUAUGAUCGGCAAGAUGAACAUCAACACGGAAAUAACCAAGCAACAUAUAGGCCUACGACAUAUUUUGAAGAAUGCAGAAAAACAUGAAUUAGCAUUUCAGGAAAUAUUUAAUUGUAGUGCGGCAUGUGGUGGAUCCACUUUCUCAAAAGCAGUUUUCAGAAUGCCCUAUUUUGGAAUAGAUGAAUGCCAAACUUCCGACCCACCAGAACCGUGGAUGAGCACCGUUUGUCGAAUGAAAGACGUUUUUGACUAUGAUAUUCUUGCAAAGUUGCUUGAUGAUCCAAAUUUUGACACGAAUAUCAAAACCAAUUACGAUGAUCUCGUCAAGUUUAUUGAAGAUAAAAAUCAACAUGAAGUAUGCCUUCAGAAAAUGUGCCAAUCUAAGUGUAGUGAUGGAGCAUUAGUUGUGACAAAGACUGAUAUAGCUUAUGCUUUAGCUGUCCAUUUGUUUGCCCCAUUAAGUAACCUCCAAAAAAGCUGCAUCCUUGAUAACCAUUCUGAGGGAUUUCCCAAGAGCUGUCCUGGAGGCUGUGGAAGAUCUGUAGCAAAAGGAACUACUGGCAUCGGAGCUGCCCAGACAUGGCACGGAUAUGCUGAUAUUAGUGUCAAUCAGACAGUUCCAGUGAAAGUCUUAUCUGAAGAACCACACGACCUUAGUGUGGAUGAAGAGCAACUAGACCAAAGUGACAGCGAAGAUUCAUAUGACUCAAUAACAGCAACAAGGACUCCAUUUUAUCAGAGAACUGAUCCAAUCUCUGAAGUGUUAGCUAUGACAAUCACUAAUGGCUUUGCACAGGUCAAUGAAAAUAAUUCUUUGACAAAUUUUUUAAUCCCAUCAAUUGCUUGCUCUAUUGAAGAUGUAAUGGUCUUUACUUAUGACUCCCAGAAUGAUUUACUUGCAUGCAUACCAGAACAUUUUAGAUUAUGGAGUAGGACAGAUAAGCAUCAUUUUGAUAUAUCUUCAAUUGUGCGUAUUUGGCUGUAUCUGAAUUUUCGAACAUUCAUGCGACCAUCAAUAUUGGAAAGUUUUGUGAUAGAAAAAUCAAAUUUUCACAAGAUUGCCCCUCUCCGUCAUUAUCAACAAUACUCAAAAUGUGGUGUAAUAGACUUCAGCAGUAAAGACAAAACACCACGUGUGCGAGAAACACAGUCUGCAAGAAAAAGAAGACAUUCAGAUGAUGUAUCUCGAUAAAAACAAUUUGGCUGGUGCCUUGUGGUUUUAGCAGAAAUCAUUUAUCAGCAUACUGUGAUGUUACAACUGACUGCUUGAUGACGACUGGAAAUUGUACCAGUGGUGGUGACUUCAUGCAUUCUUGUGCCAGCUGAUGUUGUUUCUGGUUGGAGCUCAGAGUCUGAUGUUUAUACUCCAGGACUGAUGAAAAGGCUGGUCUAAACUUCUUUCUUAAUGAAUUGUGGAGACAGAAAUAGUCAGUUAUCUUAUUGUUGUAAUAUUAAAAAAAAUUAUGACCUAAAAA